AAGGAUGAUCUUGUAGAUGCACUGGGAUCUGCUGGAUUUAAAAUACCCUCGCCUGGGGUUUUGUUAGCAAUGCUUAACCUUACCAAACUUCAUGCCAAAUAUGGUGGAUUUCUGAUUGGAAGACCGCAACCUAUAGUUCAGCUCCUUGAUAUAAAUACUAAGAUGUACGUAUAUAUGUAUGUUUUGUGGGUCUGUCCAAAGAACCCACAUCUGAGAACAGCUUGCUUGAAUAUCCUACUAAGCCUGACUGAGAUUCUGUGCAAGUCCUCUGAAGAACUCUCCAAUGGUGAUCUGGCCGACGCAUGUUCUGCUCUGAGAUAUGUGACAAAAGCAGGUUUGAAGUUAGAUUGGUUGGUGAAGAAACUCAAAGAGGCUGGUGAGACUCGGAUGCAAGGAAUUGAGGAAGAGUUGAAGGACUUGAAGAAUAAGUGCUCAGACAUGAAUACUCUUCUUGAGUUUUUAAGAUGA